CCUACUUCCGGUUACAAAUUAGUUAGUAUGAUUUAAUUUUAAGCCUCCAUGUUCAUAAUUCUGUGUAUAUUUUGUCUCUGAUUAUAUGCUAUGAUUCCUAGACUUGGAUAUUGAAGAUAGAGAGCGGAAGCUAGAUAGCUUGGAAAGAUGGAGGGAAAUAGAGGCAUCGAAUGUUCAAAGACAAGCCCAUCUAAACAAAAUCAGGCUGAGAGUGAGAGUGAAGAAAAUGACGGUGAAAGUAAGCCUAGAAAUGGAGGAACCUUAAGCAACAGCACUGUGGAAGAGAAUGAGAAGAAGCCAACAGUAAGGCCUUACGUCAGAUCCAAGAUGCCAAGGCUCCGGUGGACACCCGAUCUUCACCUUCAUUUUGUUCACGCAGUUGAGAGACUCGGUGGACAAGACAGAGCUACCCCAAAGUUAGUUCUUCAACUGAUGAAUAUAAAAGGACUUAGCAUCGCUCAUGUCAAGAGCCAUCUACAGAUGUAUAGAAGCAAGAAGAUUGAUGACCGGGGACAAAUCAUAAGCGAUCAUAGGCAUCUUGUGGAAAUUGGAGAACCAAAUAUUUAUAACCUCAGCCAACUGCCCAUGCUGCAAGGAUAUAAUAAAUAUCAUCAAGGCAAUACUUCUAGUAGUUUCAGGUACCAAAUUUAACAAUCAACAUUCAAUCUUUCA